AUGCGGUCAGAACAGCACCCAACGCCGUUCAGCACAAAUGCAUACUGGAGUGAAGAGAUCGCCCUGGGGCCUGGGCCGCCGGUGAGGAGGGGGAGGAACAAUACUGCCAGUCGGACGGGAAGCCAGAGGAACUUGGCUACGUUGGAUAAGGACAAGCCUGUCGUGACGGAGAGAGCGGUGCUGACGGGUGUGCUGGAGGACUUGUCGAUACCAAAGGAUAAGAAGGACGAGCCACGCGGCCGGGCCAGUCGAUGGAAUAGCGUUCGGUAUCAGAGAGACGACGAGGUGCUUUGGGGGUCUGACGGGAAGCGGUCGUCUUCGAGUCUACGGGUAGCGACCAGAGGUUCGUCAAAGUACUCGAUUGAUCCGCCGCCGGAAAUACACGAUGUGUACCCUCCAAUUGCGAGUGCACUCAUGAGCAAAGAGGAGCUUCAAUGGAUGCUUCAGCCGCCGCCAAGUGCAAAGGUCAUGGAGGGCAAGAUCAGAGCAGAUCCUGCCUCGAGAUUCUCGGCGAGCAGCAGCCCGCUACUCAGGGGUAUCAAGGCAUUGCCCAGUACCGCCUGUCUUGACGCAGACGGACGCCCAGCGCUCGCUCAGCCGCUUUCUGCACAAACCACUGGGUCAGUUGCAAACAACUCUACUACAAACUCACGCAAAUCUUCAACCGCGGCGACUGUAUCCCGUGGCCUGAUACCCAUCAACUCGUCCAUUUCCCUCUCAACCACCGCCCAGCCCCCAGACACACGUCCAUCACUCCCGCCGUUAUCUACAACAACAACUUCUCCUCCUAAAGUAUGCAGACGGCCAUCCGAUUACCACCAGCAUCAACAACUCGCUCUCUCACCAUCCAACGACUCCAGCACCGCUUCACCGCUCGAAUUAAAACCUUACGUCUCCCUACCCAGUCUGCCACCCUCCAAGCCACGUCAGCAUCAUAGAUAUGAAACCGAAUACCGCCCAACAUCCAAAGAAACCGUCGAUAGUGGUAAGGCAUUCCGCCCCAUCACCCCAUCAUCCACCACCCCCUGGCCUCGCACCACAAACAAUUCAAACGUUUCAAAGCUGCCGUUCACCAGCACCAUCGAGCUCCACGACGUCGACCACCCUGACUCCGACCAUACAGCCAAUGACGACGGAAUCGAUCGCUUCGAUCGCAUCAGAACGUACAGAUGGAGUAUGGACUUCUAA